CCAAACACUUUAUUAUUAUAAUUACAUCUCAAUUGAGUUACAUGGGGAAACUGAAAUGGUUUUCGUGGAUUCUUAUAUUUUGUUUUUUGAUAGAAGUCAGCUCAAUUUACGAAUACGACCAGAGCUAUGACUAUCCCAGUCCCGGAUCUACAAACUUUUCGAUUUAUGAUGGAUUCCCUUUUGAUGAGGAAAUGUGCUCAUCGGAAGAGUGUUUAAUCGAUAAGUCAUGGACUUCAGAGGAAAAAUGCGAAUACAUAAAAUGCAACCAAGAUUCUUGUGAAGGCGGUGGAUACCUGACUUGGUCUCAUUAUGUAAAGUGUCAGUAUAAUAUUGGAGUCAGGGUCAUCCUAAUAAUUCUCGGUAUUCUCUAUCUGAUUAUACUUUUUGUGAUAAUGUCAUCCAUUGCCGAUGACUUUUUCUGCCCAGCAAUUUCUGGAAUUGUUAGUCAUUUGAGAAUGAGUGAAUCUAUUGCGGGAGUAACAUUUUUGGCUUUUGGCAACGGGGCGCCCGAUGUUUUUAGCUCAAUUUCUUCAGUUUUGACUACACCAAAACCUAAAGCCGAUUUAGCUUUAGGAGAUUUGUUUGGAACAAGUAUUUUUGUCACUACUGUAGUUCUUGCAAUAAUCAUUUUUACGAAAUCUUUCAAAGUGGCUAUCAUUCCAACUCUCCGUGACUUGAUUUUCUACAUGACUACUCUGGCGUUCAUAGUUUUCUGCUUUUUAAAGUUUGAUAAAAUUGAAGUUUGGAUGCCUGCAACGUUUCUCGGAAUAUAUGGAGUCUACGUUGUAACAGUGAUUAUACUCGGAAUCUAUCGAACUCAUCGCAAAAAACGAAAUUUGAAAAAGAAAAAUAAAGAAUUGGAAGAUUUUUUGUCCCGACCGUCAAGUGCUGCUUCGACUACUCCGAUUUUUGGAGCCAUGAAGUUAAAAGAGGAGACCAUAUCAGUUUCAGCUUUGUUUCAUUUUAUGAUAGGAUAUUCGCAAUUUAUCAAGAAUCUUACUAGGGCAAAUCUGAAGAGAACUACAAAUAAUAACAAUAACGACAAUAAGAAUGAAAAACGUGGAAUUGUGAAUCUAGGAUUCAGCGAACCUUAUUCCAUUCCAUCGGAACGGAAAAUAUCAACGAUUUUCAAACAAAAUACUUUCGAAACCGACCUUGAAAGUCUUGAAAGUCUUGCUGAUUUGGAUGGCAGUGAUGAUGAGGGAAGAGAAGAGAAAUUUGGAUAUGCCCACCAUACUGUGUUCACUUCUCACGACCAAAUUAGUUUGGUUGCAUCUGAAAUUGAAGAAAUUGAAAUAACAACGUGGCGAUCUUGGGAUUGGGUGUGGGAUCUAUUCAAUCAUUUGAAAUCAUGGCCAAGUCGAGACGAAUUUAGCGAAAUGAACAUUUUCAUCAAAAUUGUUACGGUUAUAAAAGUUGUACCAGUAUUCUUUUUUAAAUUGACAGUUCCAUCUAAUGAAAUGAGUUGGUGUAAGCCACUAUUCAUUCUUCACUGUUUUGCUUCCAUUCAAUUUGCUCUUUUUUCAAUUCAAAUAAUAACAUUGAAACCAUUCGACGGAAGUCCCGGCCUCUGGCUUUACGGUCUCGGGUUUUCAGCUAUUCUCGCAAUGGUUGCUAUGUACUUUUUACCAUUGAGCAAAGAGCAAAAAUACUAUAAAGAAAUAUACUCUUACCUUGGUUUUCUUAUGUCAAUAGCAUGGAUUUAUGCUACAUCAAAUGAAAUUGUCAGUGUUGUUACUAUGAUCGGAGUUGUAACUGGAUUAUCUAUGGAGUUAUUGGGAUUAACAAUUAUGGCCUGGAGCAAUUGCAUCGGGGAUAUUGUGGCAGAUAUUGCAGUUGUGAAGCAGGGUUACCCAAAAAUGGCAAUGGCAGCUGCAAUUGGUGGUCCACUUUUCAAUCUGCUUAUUGGAUUUGGCCUCCCAUUUACUAUUGCCGCUGCACAAGGCAAAGAAAUGGAACUUCUCAUCAAUCCAGUGUAUCGAUUAUUGAUGCUUUUCCUUGGAAUAUCUCUUGUCACUACCUUCGUCGCUCUUUUUAUUCAACGCUUUACUGUCCGACGUCCGCAUGCAGUCCUACUCAUCUUCAUUUUCGUUGUAUUUUUAAUAUUCAUCUGUCUUGCAGAGUUCCAUGUUCUUGAAUGGAAUUAGGAAAUUCAAUAUUUGUGAAUUCAGUUAUGUGUUCUGACCUCAUUCCAGCAUAUUUUUCACUACGAGUAUUUGUGAACUGAAACUUUUAUUUUGAAAACGAUAUUCAUGUUAUUCUGUCCCUUUCCAAUUAUGCAUUUAUUUGAAAAGCUAAUAAAAUAUUUUU